AUGGAGACGCGGACAACACCACCGCGUGAGCAAUGGAGUUCAUGGGCUGAUUUUAUUAUGAGUUGUAUUGGCUAUGCAAUUGGACUCGGAAAUGUUUGGCGAUUUCCGUAUCUUUGUUACCAGAAUGGUGGAGGAGCAUUUCUUAUUCCAUAUGUGAUCUCAUUGGUAUUUUGUGGUGCGCCAUUGUUUAUUCUUGAAACUACAUGGGGUCAACUAUUGUCUGUUGGAGGUCUUGGAAUGUUCAAAAUUUGUCCUAUCUUCAAAGGAGUAGGUAUUGCUGCAGCUGUGAUGGCGUUCUGGUUGAAUAUCUACUAUAUAGUGGUACUCAGUUGGGCACUUUGCUAUCUCUGGAAUUCAAUUCGUCUUGAUGUGAACGUGCCAUGGAGAAGUUGCAACAACGAAUGGAACACUCCGAGAUGUCGAUCAGAAUACGAAAAAUUGCCAUGCGACAGUAAUCGAACGAUAGCUGAAUUUUUCAAUGUCAAGGUUUUGACUGCUGAUCAUUUACUUGAGUACAAGAAACAGUUCUUUGUUGGACCUAAAGCGAAUUUCACGGUCUGUACUGCAAAGGAUCUCAGUGUUCAAUCGCCUGUGAAGGAGUUCUGGAACUACAAAGUACUGGGUAUUUCGGAAGGUAUCGAUCAUCCAGGUGGACUACGAUAUGAUCUCGCAUUGUACUUAUUUAUUGCUUGGGUGGUCUGUUAUUUAUGUAUUUUCAAAGGAGUUCGAUGGACAGGAAAGGUAGUCUACCUUACUGCCUCCUUCCCUUAUAUCAUGCUGUUCUUCUUACUCGUACGUGGUCUCACUUUACCGGGAGCCUCUCUUGGAUUGGAAUUCUAUUUAAAGCCAGACUUCUCAAAACUACUCGAGUCAAAGGUAUGGGUAGAUGCUGUCACACAGGUAUUCUUCUCCUACGGACUUGGCCUUGGGGCCUUGGUGGCUCUCGGAAGCUAUAAUAAGUUUCACAACAACGUUUACAAACAAGCGCUGACCGUUUGUUUCGUGAACAGUGGUACGAGUGUAUUUGCCGGCUUUGUAAUCUUCUCCUUCAUCGGUUUCAUGGCUACCCAACAGGAAAAAAGUGUCGCUGAGGUUGCCCAAGCAGGACCUGGAUUGCUAUUUUUGGCCUAUCCAUCGGGAAUUCUUCAGUUGCCAUAUACAAAUGUUUGGUCAUUGCUGUUUUUUUCCAUGGUCCUCUUCUUAGGAAUUGAUUCGCAGUUCUGCACCAUGGAAGGCUUCUUCACAGCAAUCAUCGACGAGUUUCCAGUAAUGCUCCGAGCCAGUAAAUAUGGACGAGAACUUUUUGUCGGAGUCAUCUGUCUCAUUUCGUACAUAAUUGGCCUCAGCACUGUGACCCGAGGUGGUUUCUAUGUAUUCCAACUGUUCGACUUCUACGCCGCUUCCGGUUGGGCUUUAUUAUGGCUGCUAUUUUUCGAAUGUAUCGCUAUAUCAUGGAGUGUUGGUAUCGAUCGAUGGUACGAACAUAUGAAAAGUAUGAUUGGCUACUAUCCAAAUCGAUGGUGGAAGUUUUGUUGGGUUUUCGCAACACCCGCUGUUUGUAUGGGCGUAAUGAUUUUCGGUUUGGUAAAAUACCAACCGUUGAGGAUUGCUGCUUACAACUAUGAUUAUCCGUUUUGGGGCCAUGUAUUCGGCUGGUUCCUGUCAUUAUCGUCAAUGCUUUGCAUUCCUGGCUAUGCCAUUUAUGCAUGGUGUACUACUGAUGGCACUUUUUACGAGGUUUGUAAUUCAACUUCUUUCAAGGACUGA